ACCUUCAACCAUGAGCAAGCUGGAAUCAGCAGACACCCUAGAGGGCGAUGAGCUUCUGGACGACUUUGUGGAUGGCGUAGAAGAAGCUGCAGACUUUGUGAUCUCCGAUGUGGGAAGCGAUGCCGAAGAGUCUAUAAAACCGAGCACAAAGAGAAAGGCAGUUGAAGCCGCAGAUAUCGCUGAAAAGCCCAAAAAGAAGGUGAAGACAAAGAAACAAGGACAUGGAGUGGAUGCAUCGGCACUUUUUGCCAAAGAAGGUUUGCCAUUACAUGACUGUUCGGGCUGGCAACUAAAGGGCGACGAUAACAUUUCUUUAUUUAUUCGCGACUUUCUCUUCCCAUCUGAUGCCGCCAAGUUUUUCUCUAAGAGUUCAAACCUUCCCCCAGGAGCUCCCAAAGUGCUAGUCCUGGCGAGUUCAGCGAUAAGGGCGGUAGAGGUCUGCAGGCUUGUUCGGAAGACAGGCGAUUGCAAAGUUGCAAAACUCUUUGCAAAGCAUAUGAAAUUGAAGGAUCAGGUUGAAGUUUUGAAGAAGGACACGUUUCCUAUUGCGGUAGGGACACCCAACCGGAUACAGAAACUGAUUUCCGAUGGUGGAGGUGCACUGCGGCUAGAUGAGCUUGAUUUCGUCAUUGCGGACGGAACACAUAAAGAUCAGAAGGAGCGUACAUUAUUUGACGUUCCAGAGGUUAGAACCGAUUUUUUUCAAUUACUGCAUUCCAUCAAAGAAUCUGCACCACGGGUUCGCUUUUGUAUAUAUUAGAUCAGACCAGAUAUCGUGUAGCAGAUAACGUAUUUAACCAAAUCUAAGCCUGUGAAUCACAUUCUCUAGAUAUUCUGGAGCUUAAUGUAUAAAUAAAAUGAUUUUGAAUGGGGUACACUCAGAA